UAGAACAUUCUAAACAACAGUCUAAAGAGAUGAGGCUGACGGAUAUGAAAUCUGAACCUGCAAAAGAAUCAUCUGCACAAUAUUCAGACAAUUCCAAAUCUUCAGAUGUUCAUGGAAGCAGCAGGGACAAUGCUGAUAAUGUUGAGGACGAUCCUUGGCAAGAGUUGGGCGGAUGGAGAACUAAGCCGGAGGUUUCCCCAGCAGAGAGGACACCGAGAGAUUGGGGCCCCAGACAAAGCCCUGUCCUCACAAGAUCCCCCAAACACUCAGAGACACAGCCGCUGGGCAGGCUGUGCAGAGGAUCAGUGUGUCCACCGGACUAUAACCCAAAUCUGUGGGAUCCCAGUAUCUCCAGCAGUCUUCUCCACUCGGCUCAGGCUAACACCUGGACCAUCGCGGGAACAGGAAGCAGACCGAGCCUGGCAUCAGCGGGCAGGACUCCAGGACCUCCAGGGAUCCCGGUGCAGGAGCUGGUGAGCCUCUCACACUUUGGAGGCUUCCUGUUUUAUCCCUACACCGGCUUCUCUGCAGCACCAGUCCACUACCUCCUCCCACCUAUGCGGUCCCGAGUGGAUUUCAGAACCGAUCCGAGCGUCCCCAGCCGGGACUACGCCCCCCCUCCCAUCAUGUCUUCAUCCGCUCCUGGUUCGGCGGGGGCUGGACUGAAAUAUCAUGCCCUUGAUUGGCUAAUGCUAACCACGACAGGGCAGAAAAAUUCAGUGGACACAGAAAUUGAGUUUAAAAGCUGAAAUUGAAAAUGAAAUUGAUCACAGACAGGGUGAAAAUAUGAACCAUUCCCAAAGUAAAUUACACUUAAAAAAUGUCAGUUUCUCCAGUAAAACUUAAUUAUGAAGUUGGAAGCCAAUGUUUAAACUGUUUGAACACA